CUCCAACAAAGAAAUAUUAUUUCUUACAAGUUCUUGAUAAAGUGAUAAUAAAACUUAAAUUAAAAAUGUCGUUAUAUGCUAAUCCUUUACUUUUCUUAAACAUGGGAGGAGAGAUGCUUUAUGUGAUACAUCAGAGAUUGAAAGCGCAAAAAAUUGAAAUUCGCAAAGCAAGACAAGUCAUAGAAGAUAUAACAGCAGCAUUUGUAAAUCCUAAAAUAAUUGAAAUAAUAAUGCAAGAAUCUCCAUGCCAAGAGCUCAGUUGGAUGCAAACUACAUUAGAAAAAAUAGCUUUGUGUUCAAUAAUGAAAUUAGAUAAAAAUAGUGUACAUAAAUUAUUUGAUUUAAUGAUGAUGAUAGUAAAAUAUCAAUUAACAGCAGCAACUGGGCCUCGAGAAGUUAUUUUAUUAACUUUAAAUCAUCUAGCCUCUAUACGAGACAAUGUUAUUAGAAAAAAUACUCAUGAAUCGAUGAUUUCACUUCACAAAGUAUUUAUUGAUUUUUAUAGUAAAUUAACUCAUAAUGAUAUUUGGGAAGCAAGGAAUACCUGUUUGAAUAAAUUAGCUACGAUAAAUGUUCGAGUAUCAGUUUUACUUAGGCUGAGUCUUCAAAAUGAGGAUACGACAUUCAAUAUAAAUCCAAAAUAUUAUAAUGAAAAGUACAAAGAAAGAGAAAGUGAAUUAGGAUCACUUAAAUUAACUGAAGGCUGGCCUCAAAUUGGAUCUUUAGCAUACGAUGGUGAUAGAGUAACUAUUUUGGGUAAAAAUAUGUAUUCUUCAAGUUAUGCAAAUCCACCAGAGCCAAAAUCACCAUUAAAUCAAAGUAAUAAAAUUGUUCCUAGAGAUAAAGGAAGUAAAAUAGAGCUUGAAUUACUUGCUAAACAAUUAGGAACUGAUAACUCAAAAAAUAAAUCUAUGCCAACUUCUUUCAAUUUCGAUAUAUUUAUAGACGAUGUAGAAAUGAAAACGAAUGAUUCUAAUUCAGGGGAAGACAAUGAAGAACAUAAUGUAAAAAAAUUAAAGAAUGAAAAAUUACAUAAUGAUUAUAAAGCCAAGUUAGAAGAUAUUUGUGCAGAUUUUAUGGAUAGCUCAACUGUAAAUAGACAAAUGAAUUUACUUCAGCUUCUCGAUGAUACUGAAUAGUUUUAUCAACAAAUAUUGAUAAAUAAAAAACACCAA